ACAGGGUGCGUAUACGUGUGUGCGUUUAAUCGCUUGCGGCAGUUAGGGGCGCAUGCGCGGUGACGCAGGCGCGCGCACCCCCGCAAGCUGACAGCCACUCCGACGGUAGACUGAGUCGAGGGCAGCCGCGGCCGAGCACCGCUUAGCCAAGCAACCCGGCCUCUGAGGCCAGGAGCCUAGCGCUUCACCCAGCCAACACGACCAACGCGGUUCCACCACCAGGCUCCCCGGAUCAAAGAGAUGGAAAUCGUGCCCGAGGGGAAAAACUUCCGAUUGGUAAAAGAAGACGAGCUCCCAGCGUUGGCCGAUUUAUUGGUACAAUAUAUGCCUGAAUCACUCAAGUUUCAUCAAACGAUUCAAACAUAUCUAAACAACAAGGUUUGGGACUUCCAUUUUUAUGUAGCGAAGAACUGGCCGGAGGACCCGAUUUGUCUUCACUUCCCGGGAUGUACCAGUACGCCGAAUAGUCUCACAUAUGAGAGCGUGACGGUGUUCUGUCCCUCCGACCGCGCGGAUCUGGUCGACCUGUUAACCUCUGAGGACAUCCUCUUGGACCUCACCAAGCCGCUCUACUUAAACUUCACACAUGAGGCGAUCGUGAAUCGCUUCGAGAAGCGCUAUGAAGCCCAUGACAAGAUUACCGGCGACGUAUAUGUAUGCGACAACCCGCCGGAAGACACCAGCGCUGAUGACCUGCCACCGGACGUGGAGCUAGUUCGUUUGCAGCCGGAGCACAUGAAAGCGGUGCACGAUUUGUAUCCAGCGAGUGACAUCGAGUGUUGCGAGGUCUUUGAGAAGCUGGUUGCAGAGCUGCCCGCAUACGGCAUCUUCGUAGAGGGCCAGCUGGCUGCCUGGAUGGUGCAGUCGUACUACGGAGCCAUGUUCUCUAUGCAAACAAGGCCAGAGUUCCGGAGGAAAGGCUACGGCAUAUACCUCGCUCGGCGUCUCACCAAGGAGGUCGCGGCUCGCGGCUACAAGCCCUUCGUAGUCAUUCGUCCGGAAAAUGACGCAUCCCGCUCUCUCUACUCGAAACUCGGCUUCGAGAAACGUUUCCGAACUGUGCGCGCCGUUUUGCGCCCCCGCUAAAUCAACGUUAAUCUGUAGCAAAUUUUAUUUUUUUAAGACUUUUGAAAAAAAAAUCAAUAUAGCUUGCGAUCUUUGAUCGUUUAGAGUUUUAGUAGUAGCUUAAGAUCAGGGCGGCUAGUGUUCUCGUUCUUCGCAAUUACAAAUCUGCGUCACGUUUCACUUAAGAUUAAUACACUGUUUUUAUAUGUUUUUCUGAUAGAUAAUAUAUUUAUUCACUUAUAAAGCAUACUAAUAAUGAUAAUUAUGUACAUAAGCUCCCUGCAAUAUCUCGAAUUUUUAGCGAAAAGAGCGAGAGCCACGGCCGAUGCUGCGUACUUUGCCAGCUUAGAUUCUGGUCUUGAUGGAACUAACGUGUCAUGAAUAAUUGUAAGUAAUUGUAACAGUGUCUUUCUACUGCUGAAACAUGUGUACAAAAACAUAAUGUCAUCCCUCUCAAUCUCUAAAAUAGAGAUAACAAUAUGUUUUGUACAGAUAUUUCGUCUGUUAAAAGUCGUUGACUCUACAUUAUUUACUUGACA